AUGUCGGUUUCUGGUUGUGGUGCUCUGGGUGAUCCUGUAAAUACUGCUAAUGAAACUGAGGUGGUAGGCAAUUCAAACACGGUCGUGGAUGAAUUUGAUGAGUUGUUUCUAACUGAUAUUCGGCAAACUGAGGAUUUUGUCUCGUCCUACGAUUCUGUGAAGCAAAACUCUAUCGUUAAAAAUGUUAGUGCUCGCGAUCACUCACCGUCCAAAGAGGAUGUAUCAGAAAAGCGGGAAGACACCUCUUUGAGCUCCUCUGAUAAGUGCAUAUCACCAAUUCACUGGGACCGCUCAGGCGAACCUGAUCCCAUUCAAGAUGCAGUACACGUAGACGCUCCGGAAAAUGAAUUUUCAAAGGAGGCGGAUGAGCAGUCUCAGUCUGAAUCUGUCAAGCCUGAAUCAAGCAAAGAAGCGGAGUGCAUUGGCAAUUCUUUCGAGACAAUGGAUCCGGAUAUCCUAACGGAUUUUGACCAAUUAUUUAUCAAUACGAAGUACUUCCUCAUAAAAAGCAAUAACUUCGACAACGUCGAAAUAGCUAAAAGGAAGAAUGCCUGGGCGACCCCAAUUGGGAAUGAGGGUCGUCUGAACAGGGCAUACUUUGAUUCAAAUAACGUCAUUCUAGUCUUUUCUGUACGGGAAAGCGGAAAGUUUCAGGGUUUCGCACGGCUCGCUUCCUCAUCAGAUCCCCGCCUACAUAUAGACUGGAUACUUCCUCCUCGGAUGUCCCCCGAUAUGCUCAGUAGCCCCUUUAAACUAGACUGGAUUACAAAACAAGAGCUCCCAUUCAAUAAUGUCGCCCAUUUAACAAACGCAUGGAAUGAGGGGAAGCCCGUUAAAAUAGGUCGUGAUGGCCAGGAGAUUGAGCCCGUCUGUGGUCAAGCACUAUGUCGUCAUUUUACAUUGGAUUCCGUGGAAUCUAUUCCUGCCAUCGUCCGCAAAAUAGAGCCGAAAAAGCUCAAGUCGAAUGACUCCACAAGGCGUCGCAACGCCUUUGAUCGUCUUGGCACCUCUCAGCCACAUAGUUCCUCCUCCCGCCGAUCUAGAGAACUAGGUUUCAACAACCCUAGUUCUGUCGGUCUUCUCGGAGCUGCAACAACGUCUUCGAGUUCGAAUGUACCUCUUUUGAUGCAUCACGUGAAUCCCACUUCUGCAGCUAUGGCAACUGUUGCCGCCAUGGCAGCGAUUAAAUCGAAUCAAUCUCGAGGUGCUUUGCUUCCUGGAGCUGAUCUCUCUCGAUUAAUCAACCCGAAUUCAACUCUUGUUCCCCACCUCCUUUCUCAAGCUGCUUCAACGAAUCCAAUCUCCCUUUCUGCUUUUUAUAACAACCAUGGAUCUGCCCUUAACAGAAAUUUACGUCAAAACAAAAUUCCGACCAGAAAGCGACAUGGGCGCAGUCGGAGCAAGUCUUUUACCAGCCGCAGCAGUUCCGGAGGCCGACGCAGCAACGAUUCAGACUGCCAUCAUCGUAGUCGCCGAGAGCGUCAUCGUGAUUAUCGUCAGUCCGCGGAACCUUAUCGUUAUCGCACUAGGUCAGGUGGCCUCGAUGAUGGUGACGAUUCUCUGAUGAUGACUGCCAUUUAUUAUGUGUUUUUCCCGGACAUUGGGUUAUUAUUGUUGUUUUUAUUGUUGCGAUUUAAUGUUGCUCAACGCAAAGAGCAGGUGCACACAUUUAAAAGUGUGCUGGACAUUGUCAAUAUUAGUAAUAGCAUGAAAAAUCACCGCAGCUGCCGUCAAUAUGCCACCUGCAAGACGCUUGUUGCCUCUAUAUGUACUUUUACUAUUGUCUUGGACUGCUUUCCAUUAUCUUUGACGUUUUUCUUUCAGGUUAUGGACGUGAUGUUUUACAGUCGGCGGGAGCGCAGAAGCAGUGACCGCUCACCUUCGCCAUCAAAUGCCAACUCGUUUAUCAAUUGGUAUGAGGAGCGCGUAAACGCUUUUCUGCGCAACGCGUCUACGUCUCACCAACCAAAGGGCCGUUGGUCGAGGCAUGGUGAUGACGAUGAUGGCGAUAAUGACGACUAUUCGCGUAGCCGAUCUCCCUCAGACGAUCGCCACCACCGCCGAGCUGGUCGUCGUAGUCGACAACGCUCCUACGGUGAGCGCCGACGCUACUUGGAUGCGGAGGAUGAGGGUAGUGCUGCUGCUACCUACUACCAUCGAAGGCACGAUCGUUCUCGUUCCCGUGGUGCUGGGUGUUACGACGAUGAUGACUACGAAGAAAGGACGUCAGAUCACUCACGUUAUCGACGUUGA